CUACUAAACAAAAACGAGUAAUAACGUAAAUUACUAUGACUACUAUGGUAUGAACUCAUGAUCUACGCUCAUACCUAAUCGUAUACCUUAAAGUUUAAAAUUACUUCGUAUUUACGGUUUAUAUAAACACUGAUAACAUAUUGAAGCCCUAUAAAUAAGUACUUAUUUCGAAAUGAAUGUACCACAUUCAAGUUGAAGAUACCAAAUGGAAAUGCUCAUUUAAUUUACAUCAUUAUCUUCGAUUAAUUUCAAUAAUUCUGAAGAUAAGUUAAAAACACGCAUUUCCACUCAUUGGCGCGCUUUUUUUUUAUCUGUGUGCAUGCAUUAUUUUGUUUAAGUACUUUAUUAAAUGGAACAAAUACCCCACUUAUUUGGUAUAAAUACCGAAAGUUUUUGUAACUCUGAAUUAGUAAGGUGUGUAAACGUUGACAUAAGCAAAUAAGAAAUCUCAAAGUCAAAAUGCAGUUCUCUACUCUGUCGGUAGUAUCGGUUUUAUUGUUGAUCAGUAUAAACGCAACAUUUGGUCAGAAGUGUCCUGACGGUGGAGAAAUUUACUGUAAGUAAAGUUGUGUUCUUUUGUCAUCUAUAUUGAAUUAUUGUUAUUGUAAUGUGUUUUUUUUAAAUUUCUUUAGCUUGGGGCAUUGAUGAAACUGGUAAGAAAACAGUUGUAGCUGAGCAUAAUCGCAUACGACAGAUGAUUUUGGAUGGUAAAGUGCCUAAUCAACCACGAGGGAAAAAUAUCAAGUUAAUUGAAGGUUUCGAUUCCAAUUUGAGUAAUGAGGGUAGAAAAGUCUCACAAAUGUGUAAAAUGAAUCAUAUCACUGCAUCUGACAAUCGAUGGAACUGGGUUGGGCAAAACUUAUACAUUAGCUGGAGCUCUGCAAACAACGCUGGGCAAAAUUGGACUGCUGCCGUUGAUAGUUGGUAUAAGGAAAACAAAGAUUUCAUUUACCCGGAUAAAUCAACCGGAGUUACUGGACAUUACACCCAGGUAAUUUGGCACGAUUCUAACACCUUGGGAUGUGAUUUCAUCCAAUUUUAUGACAAAUCAAAACCUCAAUAUCCCUACGCCAAAUUGUACACAUGUAACUAUGGACCUGGGGGCAACUACGUCGGUGAAGCACCUUAUCAAUUGGCUUAGAAAAUAAAAACGAUUUUAUCAUGCAAAGUAUUCUAUAAUAUAUAAAUCACUAUAUAUUCUGUAAUGUACUAUAUAUACUUAUUGUAUAUUGUAUACA